AUGAACGGAAGUAGGAAACACAUGAUGCGGCUUUCACCACCCAUUGGUAAACGUGCUCCUAAAGUAAUGCACCAUGCACUAUAUAAAACGGCUGAACUCAUUGCUGAAAUCAAACAAGUCUUCAAACUGUUCGAAGAAGGUGAAAAAGGUUCAAAAGACAAGAAAGAGUUGGAGAAUACAGUUUCUAUACUUAGUAAG